ACGUAGUUAAUAGGAAGGCGGUUGAUGGUCGGAGUUAAAGCUGGUGGAAGGCGAAGAAUUCAAUAACUCGCACCUAACGCAUCUCGCAGAAAUUCUUUCUUUGCGAUUUUUGAAUCUUAGACGCAGACAUUCACAGAGAUGAUUUUUGGAAUUCCAUGGCCUCGAAGAUCUCAGCAGUUCCGCCUCCUCGUCCUCUCCUUCUCCCUCUCUCUGCAACUUAUUUCAGGAUUAGCGAAAGACCCAUCAAGUCCCGCAGAUACAAAUAAGGCUGCGAGUCACAAUGCAUCAAGUACCUCCGUUGGGCUUAGGGUGUUGAUCAUUUUUCUCGGUUUAGUUGCAAUUGGCGCAUUUGCUGUGUUAUUAUUCAAGAUAUGGCAAAAGAAGAAGAGAGAACAACAGCAGGCCCGCCUCUUGAAGUUGUUUGAGGAUGACGAUGAACUUGAGGUUGAACUUGGCUUACGUGACUGAAAUUCUUCCUUUUGCUUUCCUUUACAUUGUGUAAUUUUGAUGUGCAUUUCGUGAUUGUUGUUGGUUAUACACAAGUCCUUGUUAUCUUUUUGUUAGGUUGUUUGAAAUAUUAUAAUUAGUUUGUUAUAAAUAUCAUACUUGUGCUUGUAUAUCAUAUCCUAUUCGGAUUAGUGGUAUAAGACCACAAAAUUUUGUUUGCUGGAGAAUGCAUUUGUUUCUCA